UGCAAUUCUCAAAAAAGAACAGAAAUACCCCAGCCCUUCAGCUUCUUUCCUCAUCUUCCAAUUGUAUCCAAGGCCCGCUAGGCAGACAACUUUCGGCAUCUAAAAACCAGGGGUUUGGGACGCCUGGGCUUAUCAGAGUCCGUUUGCGCCACCCUUGGACGCGCGGUAGCUCUACAAGUUUGCACGCAAAGCGGUUCUCAAAGCCGCUCUCGGUUCAGAGACUUCAGCCCUUCUAAUAUUUUGCAAGGGGGAGUGUCAAGAUGAGUGAUCUAGACAAAGCGAUCGCGCAGUUACGAGCAUGCCGCACUAUCCCCGAAGCACAAGUCCGAGAACUAUGUCACAAGGCGCGGGAACUUCUGAUUGAGGAGGGUAAUGUGGUGACAGUCACGGCGCCAGUGACGAUAUGCGGUGAUAUUCACGGGCAGUUUCAUGAUUUGAUGGAGUUAUUUAGAGUGGGCGGUGAUGUUCCAGACACAAACUAUCUAUUCAUGGGUGAUUUUGUUGAUAGGGGCUUCUAUUCUCUCGAAUCCUUCCUUCUUCUCUUAUGCCUAAAAGUACGAUACCCAGACCGAAUGACUUUAAUACGAGGAAACCAUGAGUCUCGACAGAUCACGACCGUUUAUGGCUUUUACGAUGAAUGUCUUCGAAAAUAUGGAAGUGCCAAUGUCUGGCGAUAUUGCUGUGAGGUUUUUGAUUAUCUUGCUCUUGGAGCUAUUGUUCUAGGAGCAUCCAGCAGCCUCCAACCAUCUAGGCAGCCCAAAACACAGUCUGACAGUGGAUCAACACAAGAAUACAUCGAUCCCGACAUCGAGAUUGAAGUUUUGAAUGCAGAGGGGGGAUACAUCAACAGCUUUCCACGAACAAGGUCAAACAAUGCUGCUCAAUCAAGCCCGAAAGGGAGUCCACCCACAAAGACAGGACCACCAGGUUCGGGUGCAUCAGGAUGGAGUACCGGGACACCUGGAAAUCCAGGGGGUGCCGUGCUCUGCGUUCAUGGUGGUUUGUCUCCACUAAUCGACACGGUGGACAAGAUCCGAUUAUUAGAUCGCAAGCAGGAAGUUCCCCACGAAGGAGCCAUGUGCGAUCUUCUAUGGUCUGAUCCAGAUGAGAUUGAUGGAUGGGGCUUAUCUCCUCGUGGAGCAGGUUUUCUCUUUGGUUCAGAUAUCGUGAAGGUCUUUAACCACGCCAAUGACUUGUCCCUGAUUGCGCGAGCACAUCAACUUGUCAUGGAAGGAUUCAAGGAGAUGUUUGACAACACGAUCGUGACAGUCUGGUCCGCGCCGAACUACUGCUACAGAUGCGGGAAUGUGGCAGCCAUUCUCGAACUGGGCGAGGAUGGCAGCGGCGAGGGAAUCAUGUCCCGUAGUAACGGCGACGUGGGCCGAAGCGACGGAGGAGUCAUGAAGGAGAAAGAGCGAGUCCUCCUGAGCGGACCCGCCAGACGAUACCGAGUCUUCCAAGCAGCGCCCCAAGACUCCCGAGGCAUGCCGGCCAAGCAGCCGGUUGCGGAUUACUUCCUCUAGUAGUUACGAUGAUGACAUGAUACCGAUGGGCACAAAUCUACCUACCUAUUCGACGGGUUCUUUAUGCUGGGGUAUGGCAUGGCGCAUAUGGCGUUACGGCGAUGUGAGGAUAGAUCAUAGUGUAAAAAUAGCAUGUGGAAUGCAUUCCAUUGUUCUGCU